AUGGCGCACGCGUCGUCGAAGAAACCCGCGACAGAGACGGCCGCUAAAAAGGCUCGGAGCAUUGCGUCAAAGGUGCUUCGUUACCAGGAAUAUGGCCGAGCGCUGCUAACGACCGACGCCUGGCGCGCAAAGAUGGCWGAUGCCAUCCAGUUUAAAUUGCCGGCAGAAGUUCAGAACAACGUCUUCGAGCACCUCGCUGUGGCCUUGCUACCGGAUGCCAUGGGCUUCGACAAGAUUCGACAUGUGCCGGAUGCUAAAAACCGGUUCAAGAUCUCUGAACAGAUCCGUGUCCGCUCCACGCUCAAGGCCGCGACCAACCUCCUCCUUAGCGGCAUCUCGAAGAUGGGGACUUAA